AUGUCCUCCGAUUUAUCAAAGAAAUCAACAAUGAGACUGUCAUUCAAAAAAGUUUGCUUAAAUGGUCCAACAUCACAGUCAAAUAAACUGUGUGAAGAAUCAAUUAUGGAGUUUCAAAAAUAUUGUACAACGAAUAGUGAUAAUACUGAGAAGAAACGAUUAAACUUACGUCUAAGACGUGGACAUACAACUUUACUUAGCCUUAUGGGAUCAGAGUUAAGCGAUAUAUCAAAAUCUGAUCAAGUAAAUGAAUCACUGUAUGACAAUAAUCAUUCACGUCAUUUUACUCGAUCAAACAAAAUAUCUACAAAUGCAUUCAUUAAUGAAUACAUCCCAGAUGUUUUACCACUAACGACAGUAAAUCCUUCAAAGUAUGUAGUGAAACAGGAGGCUAUUUAUUGGAAUCAUGUGUUGUCUCAACAAAUUUCCAUGGAAUUAAUGAAUAAAUUAAAUGAUGAUAAAAAUGUGGUAAGAGUAUAA